UUGUCGGCACGCAAAGCAUUCCUUUCACUCUCUCUGCGUCGGAGACAACCAACCCCCGCCCUCCACCCACCGCUUCCUCCGCCCAUAUCUUCACUACCCCGAAGAAAAAUUAAGAAAAUCGAGAUUAAUUACCAUAAUUAAGACUCCAUAAUCUUAAUUAUAUAAUUAUAUUUGCAUUUACGAUUUGAUACCCCACUCACUCUCUCUCUCUCUCUCUCUCGCUCUUUCUCUUACCAACCGACUGAGCAGCGGCAGCCCCAAAUCUCGACCAAUCCAAUGGCCUUCGUUUUCGGAUUAUUUCUCGGAAUACUUGUCGGACUCGCAAUCAUUCUCCUCUUUGUCCGGUUCGAGAACCACCGGUCCAAGCUCCGGUCCGAGCUGGCCACCACUGUGGCCGCUUUUGCUCGAAUGACCGUCGAGGACUCCAGAAAGCUCUUGCCUCCCGAGUUUUACCCAUCCUGGGUCGUCUUCUCUCACCGCCAGAAGUUGGCAUGGCUCAAUUCUCACCUCGAAAAGAUGUGGCCUUAUGUCAAUGAGGCAGCGUCCGAGCUGAUAAAGACAUCCGUGGAGCCAGUUCUGGAGCAGUACAGACCAAUCAUAUUGUCCUCACUCAAAUUUUCCAAGUUCACUCUUGGUACGGUGGCACCUCAGUUUACAGGCGUUUCUAUAGUUGAAGGUGGAGGUGACAGUAUCACUAUGGAGUUGGAAAUGCAGUGGGAUGGAAAUCCGAGUAUAAUACUUGCUAUCAAGACUUUAGUUGGCGUAGCACUACCUGUGCAGGUGAAAGAUAUUGGAUUCACGGGGGUAUUCAGGCUGAUCUUCAAGCCUCUGGUUGACGAGUUUCCGUGCUUUGGAGCUGUUUGUUACUCAUUGAGAGAAAAGAAAAAGUUAGAUUUUAAGCUUAAAGUUGUGGGUGGCGACAUAUCUGCAUUACCUGGGAUAUCUGAUGCAAUUGAGGGGACAAUACGGGAUGCCGUUGAAGAUUCAAUUACAUGGCCUGUUCGGAAAGUUUUUCCCAUUUUGCCAGGGGAUUACAGUGAUCUGGAGUUAAAGCCAGUCGGAAUGCUAGAGGUGAAACUUGUGCAGGCAAAGGAGUUAACAAAUAAAGACAUGGUGGGAAAAUCAGAUCCGUUUGCAAGACUAUACAUACGACCUUUACCCAACAGAAUGAAAAGAAGCAAAACCAUUAACAAUGAUUUGAAUCCAAUCUGGAAUGAGCACUUUGAAUUUAUUGUUGAAGAUGAAUCGACUCAACAUUUGGUGGUCAAAGUGUAUGAUGAUGAGGGGUUUCAAGCAUCUGAGCUCAUUGGAUGUGCUCAAGUACAACUAAGUGAGCUUCAGCCUGGUAAAGUGAAGGAUGUCUGGUUGAAGCUGGUUAAAAGCUUGGAUGUCCAAAGAGAUAAUAAAAACCGCGGGCAGGUGCAUUUGGAGCUGUUAUAUUGUCCAUUUGGCAUGGAGAAUGGCUUCGCUAAUCCUUUUACUUCCAACUCUGCAAUGACCUCUUUGGAAAAGGUGCUUAACAGUGGAAUGAACGGAACAGAUGCUACUGAAAGUGAAAAGGAAGCCGCACAGAAGAAAAGGGAGGUCAUAAUUAGAGGUGUACUAACUAUUACUAUGAUAUCUGCUGAGGACUUGCCACCUGCUGAUCUCAUGGGGAAGGCUGAUCCUUACAUAAUACUCACCUUAAAGAAAUCAGGAUCAAAAAACAAAACUAGGGUAGUUAACGACAACUUGAAUCCUGUUUGGAAUCAAACUUUUGACUUUGUUGUCGAGGAUGGAUUGCAUGACAUGCUCAUGCUCGAAGUCUGGGACCACGACACUUUCGGCAAGGACUAUAUGGGCAGAUGCAUCAUGACCCUCACUAGGGUUAUCUUAGAAGGGGAAUACCAAGACUCGAUACCGCUAGAUGGGGCCAAAUCCGGGAAAUUGAACGUGCAGCUUAAGUGGAAUGCCCAACCAAUUUACCGUGAUUCUUAAUUGAUCUCUGUCGACUGUUGCAUGGCUAACGGUGGAUCGAAGAUGUACUAUCCGCCCAGAGAUGUAUACAGAGCACCAAAGACACCUUCACAAAUGCUUGAUUCACAAACAUGGAAGAUUAUAUAUGGACCUGCGUUACUGUGUAUUUGUUGCGGGAUUCUGCAUCUUCGCCUUCGGUUACGGUUUACUACUCCCAUCUUUUCCAGCUGCGUUGUGGUUCGUAUGGAGGGGUUCUUAUGUCACUGCCCGCCUGACUGUCGCGGAAAAUGCAUGGUUAAUAGGAUCGGAUGCCACAUUGCGAGCUUUGGUGACAUUUCAGUAUUUUGACCGAGUUAAUUUUAAGAAAACUAAUAAAAAUGACUUGAAAAUUUUGAGUUUUAAAUAGUAAAAUGAAUAGUACCAGGAUUGACUUUUUAGUGUUAAAAUGUGGUUUUUCGUUGAAGUAAACAGUACCGAGAGCUUUUCGUUAAAGUUCUCUUAAUUUUAUGCUGGAUUUUCUCAUUUGAUUCAAUGGUGCCCGAUGACUUGGUUGCCUUA